AUGUCACGCGCAUCCCGUCUUACUCUUGCUGGCACAUCGCUCUUCGCAUUAACUACUGUCAUCUUUGUGCACUAUGCACAAGGUGUUGAGAAAGCGGCCAUGCACCAAGGCGUACUACGCGAUGUUGAGUUGCAGCGCAUAAAGAAAGAACGGCUUGACGAUUUCAAUGUACAACGCGCCCUCGAACACGAAUAUCGGAAGCGGCAAAGCGUGCGGGAUGUCGAUGACUACGCUGAGCCACGAUCAAGCACUAGCACCACAUAG